CAGAGAGAGAGAGAGAGAGAGAUAGCCAGAUGGGUAACAGGUCAAAGACUUCAAGGAAAGGCAAAAAAGCAUGGAGAGCUAACAUAAGCACCGAGGACAUCGAAGAUUUCUUCGAGAAAUCAACCAAAGACGCUCUCUCCGGCGGAAACCUCUCCGCCGCUCCAAGCGAGGAUCUCUUCCACGUCGACAAAUCUCAUGACAUUCCGGUGAAACGGAAGAUUGAGAAACACAGAGAGAAGGCUCUCCGGUGCGACAGUGUUUUAAAGAAGAACCCUUUUGUCCAGGUCGUGUCGUCUUCGAAACCCAAGUCGAAGAUUAGCAAGAAGAAGACAAACGUUGUGGAAAGCAAAACUUUUAAACAAGCUCAAAAGAAUGUUGAUGACGGUUCUGUAAUGACGGACUUGUGGGGUGAUGAUGAUAAUAAUAACGGAGAACAUGAGAAGAACCCUAGAAAGAUUUGGAAAAUGACUUCGAGUAUUCCAGCAGUAGAAGUUGAUCCUGCAGGAUGUUCAUACAACCCUACAGCCGAAAGCCACGAGGAUAUGUUGGCGGAAGCAGUUGCUCAAGAAAUGCAGAAAGUUUACAAAAAUGAGUUAGGUCCUGAGCCAGUUCCUUUGACUAUUGAUGGAAACAACAACAUUGAAGACGAGGCGGGUCUUUUGAGUGUGUGCAAUAGAAUAAUUAAUGGGAAGAGUGCCUACUUUCUUGGAGUGGAUAACGGUAGCGAAGGUGAAGAGGAAGCAGACGCUGAGAAAGAAAGUUCUGAGGCUGGGAAUAAUAAAAACGCAAGAACAACGAAGAGGGUGACACGCGUGGUGUUGAAUAAGCGAUCUAGACAAAAGGCGUUGCGGAAGAUGGAGACAAAGGAAAAGUUAAAAGAGAAGUUAUCGAAGGAAAUUGAUAGUUUGCCUAAGAUCUUUAAUUUAGCUUCACUUUACAACAACUUUUAG